AUGGAUCCCAUCAGGGACCCGAACAUCUACCAACGCCCGUCAAACGGUACGGCUCCCCGACAAUAUGCCAUUCCCGCCAACUCAGGCACCCCAGGACAUGGGCGUUCACGUUCUACACAGCUCAGCUAUGCGGAACACGAGAUGAUUAGACACCGGAAGACACCUAAUGGAGGGCGGUUAUAUGAGCCAGACACCGCUGCAUUGGACAAGAGUGUGCAAAUACCCGCAUCGAAGCAUCUCAUCCUCGGUUCUUCACCAGCAUUCCAACGCCCUACCCCGUCUUUCGCCAAUCCACCAUCAUGGUCAGAAAAUAAACGUCCUCAGCGAACAGACCGGUUUGACGGAUCAGAUUUGGGAAGAGAUGGAAGACAAGACAUGCAUUCUCAGCCCUACAGACCCUCGAAACCAUUGGCGUAUCGCCCAGCUUGGGACUUUCCUGGCGGACUUGAUUCAAUGCUCAACCAGACUCUGCCAAUACAGCCGACACAGAGGUAUUAUGUCCAGCCGGGCUCGAAUAUCCCCACCGUUCUUCCUGCUACCCUUCAGUCCCAAUUCGGGCCCACUGCGUCCGCCGGCCAGGAAUUGUAUGGCCCAUAUUGGCCAGACGGAACUUACAAUCCCUAUCGUCCAGCUGCCGUGCGAGAUAGUCGUUUCUUUCCACGUGCUCCAGCCGAGAGGUUUCCUUUAGAUCAUCAACCUGAGCACUUUCACACUCUUCGAAAACAUGGCCGGCUGCCGGUCGCACCGAACGACAGUUACCUCCAAAGCCUCCCCCAGCAGAUGCUGGGUACGCCAAUGGGAUUGGUAGAAUCGCCUUCAUCGAAAUGGAAUCCUCACCAGAAUGCGUACCAGGGCGCGCAAUAUCCCUACGCUCAUGCUUAUGCACCACGAGAACGCCCGAUGGCUGAUGUGGUGACUUCUGUGACCGGGCCAACACUGGUAUCUCUUAUGCCUGGACCCCGGUCUGAGCGCAUCGCCUUCAGAGAUAAGACUUUCGCAUGGGCUAACAAAAUCUAUAUGGAUCUUCUGCAGACAAUCAGAUGUACCAGCAAGGAUCAGCGUUCGGGCGCGCAUAGUGCCUCGUCGAUGAGGCCUGCAUUGAAGCCUGCCAUUUUCCCGAAACCACCCAUCAGAUCUGGAUCACACUUCCAACUUGAUUCGACAGAGCAACCACCAUCCCAGCGGCGGGAGCCCUCGAACACGUAUCUGAGUAUUGGCUCCGGCCAGUCCACGUACGAAACUCCAUCCCGACCACAGACCGCCAUUUUUAGACCACCCAAACCUCUGACUCUGCAAGAUUUUACAUCUUUUCCAGCUCACACCGAGUCCAAAAAUAUACCUCGUCAACCGUGUGAAGGACAUCAAUUGCAAGAAAUGAGGCAGGUCAGCACCAGACCCAAUAAUGCGCCGCAAAUACCCUCAUUCGAAUCGGCGGUCACUGCACUCCAAACUAUGGAACUGCUUUGUCAAGAAGCUGAUGCUCCCUGGGUGGACGGCAUGUUGUUGGCAGGUUGUCUGGCUUACGGCCUGGGGAACUACAUCAAAGCUGAGGAGUGGUACAGGGCCGUUUUGAGACAAGACCCUUAUCAUAUUGAAGCUAUGUCUAACCUAGCCGCAACCUGUCACGCUCUCCAUCGCCGCGAAGAUGCGCUUAAAUAUUGGUCAGAUGCUGUCAGCUUACGACCGAGCUACUUUGAGGCCGUGGAACAUCUGAUCGGGCUGCUGUGUGCGAACCACAGAGCGCGGGAGGCUGUCAGUGUGAUCGAGUAUGUGGAGAACACGUUACGGAUCCGAGGCGACGACCCUCACAGCUCCAGUGCCGAACUGAGUGACGCAGAAAGCGAUACCAGAAGCCACGCUUCGAGCAUCAGCACAGUCGCCUCCUACGAUACUGCCCAGUAUGACUACGAUCCUGAUCCCAGCCAUAUCUCGACAGGGUCCGAAUCUCAGCCUCCUGGCUAUGGAACGAGCGGCUAUGCCAUCCCAGGGGCAGACAAUGGCCGAAUGCUGGCUCUGGUGCAUGCAAAGGGAAAUAUGCUCUAUGCGCUCGGCCAAAACCACGCUGCUGCUGCGGCAUUCGAGGACGCCGUCCUGAUCUCCACAGGCCAGAGGAAACAAGGAAUCCGGGGUCUGAUCGAUGACAUCUUGACGGCAUGUCUGCGAUCCAUCCGGGACCGCGAAUAUGUCCGAGCAAAACUUGAGAGCAAGGAACCCAUUUUGCUGGCGCCCGAGCACGCUGAAGCCACCGCCAGGCACAUGUUCCCCCCGGAAGGCAGUCUACCUGGUCUCGAAUACGUCUCGUCGCCCUUUGCCGUACAGGCUGGAAUCUCCACCACCAGCAACUCGUUGCUUUCACUCGCCAAAAUCUAUCAGGAUGGCAUGUCUAAUGCGACCGAGAUUGGGACCUUGAGAUCGCCGACAACACGGGAGAUUCUAGCAUUGUACUACUUGUCGCUGUCGCUGCAGCGGAGUCCCUCAACGGCAAACAAUGUGGGAAUCCUCCUUGCCGGCGUUCAGCAAAGCGUGCAUCCCGAUCAUCUCGCCGAUUCAAACUUUUCGCAGAUUGCUAACAUCCCAGGGGUUGUCGCCGGCACCGGAGUGUCUUUGGCAUUGAUGUAUUACAACUACGGCCUCAAUAUCGACCAGAAGCACGCGCAUUUAUUCACGAAUUUGGGCAGCCUGCUCAAAGAUAUUGGGCAACUUGGCGCGGCCAUUAAAAUGUACGAGCGGGCCGUCGCCUGCGAUGGCAGUUUCGAUAUUGCGCUGGCCAAUUUGGCAAACGCCGUCAAGGAUCAAGGCCGCGUGGCUGAUGCGAUUGCCUAUUACAGGCGAGCAGUGGCGGCCAACCCCGACUUCGCGGAAGCAGUUUGUGGGCUCGCUACGGCCUUGAAUUCGGUGUGCAGUUGGGAUGGGCGCGGAGGCAUCUGUUCGAGUGACAUGGUGCGGGACAGUCUGCAUGUCGACGAGAGGGGGAUGAAACAACCACCGUCCCGACCGCACGGCUGGAUCAACCGAGUGGUGGAAAUUGUCAAGAAACAGCUGAAGGAGGGGGAAACUUGGGGAUGUGGAACAUUGACCCCGGCCGUCAUCGACUCGUUAGCAGUGCAAUUGACCUUGCACAAGCAGUCCUCGCGAGACAGCGGACGAAAUCUGACUCUGGAGACCGUCCGACAAUCACUACGAUACUGGUCCGGGCAGAGAUGGGAAGGGUCCAGGAUCGUGCGACUGGUUGAACGUGCAAUCCGUCAGAUUGGAUGGCAAUGGUACCAAGAUCGGUAUAAACGUCGAAAGGAAUACCCGGCUCGAAAAUACGCUCGGCCAUAUCUUCCCAAUUCGCUCUCCCCGCCAUCAGCACCAACGGUUCUCCCUUUCCAUACAUUUACCGCACCGCUCUCUGCCAAACAGGUUCGACAGAUAUCUCAGAGAAAUGCUCUCCGCAUCUCUGUCUGCACCCUCCGAUCGGCGUGGCUUCCCGCCACAGUGUUUCCUCCACCGUCGCCUCCCAAUCCCUACCUGAACGUGGGGUACGUCAGCUCAGACUUCAACAAUCAUCCUUUGGCGCAUUUGAUGCAAUCCGUGUUUGGUCUGCACGACCCGUCGCAAGUGAGAGCUAUCUGCUACGCAACGACUGCCUCUGAUGGGUCUGUCCACCGUCAGCAGAUCGAACGUGAAGCACCAAUCUUCCAUGACGCGUCGUCGUGGAGCGUUGAACGACUUGUGAAUCAAAUUGUCAAAGACAACGUCCACAUCUUGGUCAAUCUCAAUGGGUAUACUCGAGGCGCACGAAACGAAGUGUUUGCCGCUCGGCCUGCCCCUAUCCACAUGUCUUUUAUGGGAUUCGCUGGUACGCUGGGGGCCGAGUGGUGCGACUACGUAUUUGCCGACACGAUCUCGGUGCCGCCUGACACUCUCUCGCCCUGGCGACGUAAUGUGGAUAUUGAAGAUCGACUGCGGGCGGACUCCUUGGUGGAGGAUGUCGAAGAUUGGGUGUACGCGGAAAACGUCAUCUUCGCCCGUGACACGUUCUUUUGCGUCGACCACAAGCAAAGCGCGCCGGAUGCCGAGACUGGCCCGCCGAAUUUCAGAGAUGUCGGGAAACGACAGGCGGCUUGGGAACGCGAACAAGACAAGCGCUGGAAACUGAGGAAGGAGCUGUUUCCGAACCUGUCCGACUCGGCUGUCAUUUUGGGCAACUUCAAUCAACUAUACAAAAUUGAUCCGGCGACGUUUGACAUGUAUCUACAGAUUCUCAAGGCGGUUCCCAACGCAAUAUUGUGGCUCCUGCGUUUUCCUGAUUUGGGGGAGCAAAACCUCAAACGCUACGCAGAAAAGUGGGCGGGCAAACAAGUUGCUGAUCGUAUCGUGUUUACCGACGUGGCGGCCAAAGGAACGCACAUCACACGCGCCUCUGUCGUUGACCUCUUCCUUGACACACCGGAAUGCAAUGCACAUACUACUGCUGCCGACACCGUCUGGUCCGGCACGCCCAUAGUCACUUGGGGGAAAUGGAAAUACAAGAUGUGCAGUCGUAUGGCCGGAAGCAUCGUUGCCAGUGCACUCCCCGAGGGUCGAGAUGGCGAUGAAGCGAGGAGGGAUCUGCUCGUCCGAAGCGAGAGGCAAUAUAUUGACACGGCAAUCGAUCUCGCGCUGGACCUCAAGUACCCGACAUCGGAGUCUAAUGGACAGAGAGUUGGGCAUGGGAGGGGGAGACUGGUGGAAUUGCGGCGCAUGCUGUGGGAAGGGCGUUGGACGAGUCGGUUGUUCGAUACGAAGCGCUGGGUUAGGGAUUUGGAACUGGCAUACUGGUCUGCCUGGGGGAAGUGGGAGAAAGGCGAAGGGGGCGACAUAUGGUUAUGA